GAGAAUGUAAACAACAAUGGCGGCGUUUUUAAAUAAGCCGAGUGAUUUCUUCAAACCAAAUGCACCAAACACAAACCCUCUGGAGUUGAUGCCACCAAGUGUGUUUGAGAGCAGCAGCCAGAAGAGGAGUGCUAAGACCCAGGAUGACACAUGGAAAGAUGUUGCUUGUGCCAAAGAGGAGAUCAUCAAACUCAAACAAGAAAUUGAAAACUUGAGAAUUGAAAGGCAGAGGUCUGCUGCAGUGCCAGAGACACAAGCACCUAAGGUGCACAUAUUACAUCAGCCAUCAGCUAAAGAAGAAACUAAAUACGCUGAUGAACUUAUCAGUCGGCAGUCCCGGGAGAUUGAGAAUCUGAAGAGUGAGAUACGAUCUCUCCAACAUGAGCACAAGGAGAACAUGUCGGACAUGGACAGACAGAUGGCACUACAAGAGCGGGAGGCCAAUCACCGAGUGUCGGGGCUGGAGAUUGCCAUGCGUGAGAGUGAGGAGAGAUAUGAGCAACAGGUGGACCGACUGAGUCAUCAGCAUCAGAAGGAGGUGGAUGACAUCAACUCGGCUCUGGACAAUACCACCAGGGAACUAUCUGAAACUAAGUCUCAGUAUGUGGCUCGGCUGCGUGGUCUGGAGUCUGAGAUUGAAUCUCUCAGAUCAGAGUCUGAAACCACCAUAGCUCAACUAGAGGCAGAAGUCAGAUCAAAGACCAUGCUUGCUGACAAUCAGAGUCAGCAAAUCUCACAGCUGAAAACCUACAUUGGGGAGACAGAGAAGACGUACCAACCAGCAGAGGUGUGGAGGAGAGAGAGGCAGACGCUCAAUAACAGAAUCAAGAUUUAUGCUGCUGAGAAGGAAAAUCUGGAAUCCAACAUGGAACUGGUCAACAUCCGACUCAAGUCAAUGUCUGAGAUCCUAAACGUACAGGAAACGGAACUGUCCAAGGCCAAGAGUGACAAUAUUUCCAGCAGUAAGCAGGAAGGUUUGCUCCUUACAAGGUGGAGGGAACAGGUGUUCAAACUUUUGGUUCAGCAGAAAUCUGAAGAUAUCGUAGCUAAGAAGAAUGAACAGAACUGGAGCGAAAAGGUUAAGGACUUGGAGGAGGAGCUUGCAUCGUGUGGGAGUCGGAUCCAGGUUCUCAGUCACUCUCUGUUAGAGAAGAACGCCCAGCUGCAGAUAGAACAGAACAACUGUCAGAGAUACCAAGAGGAGAUAACUCAAGCCCAGCAGGUGGCUCUGUGUCUCGAUGACCACCUGUCACAGAAUAGAACCAGUGCUGAGAGUCUGCAACAGUUGGCACAGAGUGUUAGUGGUCAGUUUGAGGAGAAGCUGAAGGUGCUCCAAGACAUGAUGGGGACACUCCAGACACACGGACAGAGGAUCAGCUUUGCUGGACACAGGGUCCAGAUGUUGCAAGGUCAGUUUGCAAGGAAAGAAGCAUUGCUACGGUUACAGUCCAAGAGCCAGGAUGUGGACCAGGAGGCAGAGACUCGGACAAGUCCACGGGCCGAUACCAGUCAUCUGAGCCAGGAGCUGGAGAAGGUGAUUGGUGAGAGGAACCUGCUUGCCAGCCAGAUCCAGCAGGAUGCGGAACUACUCUCCCACAAACUGGACACGGCCAGAGCCGAGUACGAGGGUGAGAUCACAAGCUUGAAGAAAACAGUCGAAGAUCUGGAAGUUAUGAUUCACCAGAAAUCACAAACAUGCACCAGUCUGAGCGAGAAGCUGGAGCAGACGCAGGCAGAGCUGGACGAGGUCAAUGGCAGGGCAGACGUUUUGAGAUCAGAACUCGCAAAGCAUGAAUUUGCCACACAGACAGCUCUGGAAGACCAGAGGAAACAAGACCGCGAUGAAUAUGCUGAACAACUGGCUGAGAUGGAUCGCAAGCUGAAUGAGGCUCGCAGAGAACACACCAAGGCUGUUGUGUCAGUGCGUCAGCUUGAGAGACAGAGCGGUCGAGAGAAGGAGAGAAUGAGAGAGGAGACGCAGACACUGGAGGAGCACUACAAGCGUCAGGUGGACAAACUCCAUCAUCAGCUCACCCAGGUGGAGAAAGACAGGAACAUGAUGAUGGCAACACUGCGCCAAGAGGGGCUGAUGAGCAAGGUGCGGUGUGAACGUGGGGAGCCUGUCACUCUCCAGUGUGAGGAGGUAGAGACUCAACCCACAGCCAGCAGUAAAGGUGAGCCCAUUACGGCUGUGCUUGAGGAUUUACGGUCGCUGACGGCGGCGGUGCUAGAGGAGGGAGAUGAAUCUGAGGACGAUGAUGAGGAGAACUAACUAACAUUGACGUUGUUGGAAUAAGCAGUCCAACUCAUCAUGGCGAACACCAUUGACCACUUGCUCCAUUGUGAAGGGGCAGCUGGGUAGCCCAGUAGUAGCAGUAGCUCAUGACAUCGGAAACCAGGUUCUAGUCCCAAAUGGGUACAAAGUGUGAAUCGGAUUUCCAGUGUUUUAAAGAGUGAGGGGUGGUGGGGUAGCCCAGUGGUUAAAGCGUUCGCUCGUCACACUGAAGACCCGGGUUCAAUUCCCCUCAUGGGUACAAUGUGUAAAGCCCAUUUCUGGUGUCCCCCGCCAUGAUAUUGCUGGAAUAUUGCUAAAAGUGGCGUAAAACUGAACUCACUCACUCUAAAGAGUGAUGUAGCCAGAAUAUUGCUUGGGCAUUAAACCAUGGGUUCAGUGUACAAAUCCCAUAUCCCAAAUCUCAACACUCACUUAUACGUCGUAUUAGUCCUGUGAGAAAGUAUUUCAAUUGGUUUUAUGUACUAUACAUAUCCUUGACAUUCCGUCCAAGUUUUUCUCUGUGAUAUCCUUGUAAUUAUUUUAAGUUUAUGGGGAAAAAUCUUCUCAGAAGAGAAUUUGGUAGGACAGUUUCUUCAUAAAAUAAUAGGUGACUAUGGAGAAAUAAAUUUAUCUUUAAUACAUUGUCAGUUGUCAUGCAUGAAUAACAUUGUCCAGUUAUUAUGACACAGACAUUUAAAAAUAUGUUUUCAAUGGUAAUAGAAAUGGCCAAUUGGAUUUAAGAUGACGUGACAAUGCCAAAGAAACAAUUCCUCUUUUUAACAGAGUAAUAAAAAUCCCUUUACAGUGUUUUGUAUAUG